UAGACACAUUUUCUGCUUACAAAUUUGAAAAUUACAUGCAGCGCUUAAAAAAACUUAUUAAAUCCCCUACAAAUAUUUUGCAACAGCUAUAUUUAAGAAUUGAAGAAAGAAACAAUUUAAUAGAAGAAAACAAUUCAAUGUUUGACACGUUUUUUUAUAAAUCCUAAAAAAGAGAAAGAUUCGUUUUGCUUCAGUCAAGAGACGGGACCUUUCAAAGUCAUAAAUACGAGUAUUGAAUCGGGAGCAGAAGUAGUAGUCGGUUACAAUUUUAAAGAAAUCAGUAAUUACUUUAGUGAACCCCUUGAAUCAUUUUCUGCUCUUGGCAUUUUAGUAGCAAGUGGGUUAAGUGAAGAAUUAAUACGUUUUCCAAAAAAAAAUAUUAAAUACAAAUACUUUUGCGUACCUCAUGAAAAUCGUUUUCUUUUAAUUCCAAUUUUACACCACCUCUUUUAUGACUUUGCACACUAGUUGUAUGUUUAUUCUGCUGUUUAUCAAAUCUGUUCAACUUAGAAUUUCACUAAUUUAUAUAUAUUUUUCUUUUUAAAAUAAUGCAUCGUUGGAGCAAUAUGAUGGAGCCCAAUGAUAUUUUUAAUGUGACGCCACCAUCAACUUCCACUCCUAAGGGCUUAAAAAGGAAAAAAGUACAACUAUCGCAUAAUUUUUACGCUAGCUCUUCAAGUCAAGUACUCACUCCGCACAGCCAAAACAUGUUUUGCUCUGAAGAAACUGCAACUGCUUCCGAGGGCUUAGAUGCAAACAAAGAUAUAAUGGCCAAGUUAGAUUUAAUUUUGGAAAAGCAAUUGAACUUGGAAAGUCGCCUGGACAAAUUGGAAGAAAACAUAAUUAAUAAAACUGAUGUCAUGGCCCACCACAAAAUCGUGCGAGAGACGAAAGUCCUACUAAAAAAGGUGCAGCAGACAGUGUGCCGCAUCUCGGGAGAAAGUUGCGAAGACUUUCACACCGAACUGGCAGUUCUUAUGCCAAUGCAGACCUUGGAUGCGGUCUUUGAUUUGGAGGAGAAGAUAUUAGAAAAAAAUUAUGAAGAUGCAGUUAUAACAUAUCUUUUCACUUUAAAGGGCACUUCUGGGGAUAUUGGCGAAGUUAUGAAGCGAGUUUUUGGCGACGAAGUCCUCAGUUUGUUCAAUUGGGAUGGGAGGUGCGGGAAGAAAUCGCUUUCAAAAUUAAAAAUAGUUAGCGUGGCUCUAUUUGAAAUUUUCAAACUGCAUGGACGCAUCGACUUCGAAAGGGAAGUCCGAAAGAGCGUUGAGCAAAGCCACAACAGGCAAAAGCAAAAACGCUAUUUGCUGAACAAAAAAAACUUAUAAGAAAAUUGUAAAUUUUAAUAAAAUAAAUUUUAAUAUAAAAGAAAACAUACAAAAAAAAUGGAUUUUUAUUUCUAAAUAUAUUUUGCGGUAUUCCAUUAUGGCAAGUAAAAAACCUUAGUAUUUCACUUUGUAUUUAACUGCAAAAUGACGGUCAAAAAAAUUGUCAAAUCACUAGAAGUUUUACUCUCAUUUCACCACACAUUUUCUCAAAAAAUGACCGUCAGUAAACUAGUAAAUCUGCGGAAAGGCCACUAGU